AUGUCGACACCCCCAUCUUACUUCACUCGGACCCAUUCAUCAUCUUUGUCAAACGAUGUAGAAACCUUGCUUUGGGAUGGUUCCGUAUACACGGCAGCGUCGACCAGGAGAGAAACGGAAUCACCACCAGGACAUGACACAACUCAACCCUCUGAGCUCGAGGGAACAAGAAUCAUAAGGUUGCCUCUAUAUACAUACUGGCUUACCGGCAACACGGCUCAUUUCACCUUCAAGCAAGGUCUGCGCACCACCAGCCUCGUCUGCGAUCAUAUCACCGGCACAGAGCGACGGUUCACGUCAGAACGAUUCGAGAAGAAAUGCGUGGAUAAGCGUCAACUGUGUCUUUUCUUCGUCCGCUUGAUCCUUGACACUACGAAAAUGUGCGAAGACAGACAGACGGACGAAAGUAUGGCUUGGUUGGUGGCAAUUGAUGUCUUUUUGAAAGCGGUGUCUUGGAAACAGCUUCUACAGGCAGCCUCGAUAUCGAUAGGACUUCAGGACACAGCUAAGGCAGGCGAUAAAUGCCGAUGGGAACACGUUGCCCUCAAUGGAGACCCUUACAUCAAGAAGGAGCCCCCACGGAACUGUCUCGCUUGGCCAGAUCGCUGCCGCUAUACCUCCGCUUAUGAAGCAGCCUAUCUGCAAAAUAUCGUAUAUCUCUCGUUACCUGGCCUUCGGUUUGAGCAAAAUUCCACAAGAUCUGCCCCAAUGAUUUUCCUGCCAACGGAUGCGGUAGAAGUGAACGUGACCUUUCGAGAAGCUGACAAAGGAGGAGCAGUCUCUGCCGUGGAGAGAUACAUAGUCAGGGCGAUGAGCUUUUCAGAAAUCCUUGAGGUCAUAUUAUUUGAGACAUUCGAUCCGCAAUUGACAUAUCGUUGUCCAUCGAGCUUUAUUCAAGCCUCGAUCUCGUCGAUCAUUGAUUCCGAGAAGAUUUUAAGUGUACAAGAAACAGUUACGGAACAAUACAACGACGACGAGAGCUCGAUUAACCGAUGGUCUUUCACUCCAGCACAUGUCGAAACGGAAUUGCCCGAUCGGGAGGGACUUCAAGUACUGUUCAUGUAUGAAUGUAAACCCUCUCUUGAGGGAAGAGAUGAUGCAGUCGCUGCAUUGCUUGUCUUCUGGCCAGGCCAAAUCGAGCCAACCAGACAUGAGCUCCGCCUUUCCAAAUUUGCUGGCGAAUCGUACGUCGAAGCGUUCCGAAAUGAACUCAAUCGAGAUUAUUGCUUCGAUCGUUACUCCAGAAACGAUCCGAAAAUCUCGGGCUUCCUCGGAAAACUAUGGCACUCGGCCGACGCAUCGAUAUUCAUAUGUCUCGACGACCGUCUGGAAGAUGGCACUUGGACGGAUACACCUUCUACAAGGAUUCGACUCGAUAUGACGAAGUCUACUUCUGGCGGCCGGGAGGGCGAUGCCGUCCCAUAG